AUGGAAGUCACAGAUAGGAAGGAAGGAAGGGAACAUAUAGCAUUGACAGUGGACAUUCUUUGGCAAAUUUGGAAAGCCAGGAAUACAGUAGAGUUCGAAGACAAAGAGAGACAUCCAAUGAAAGUGAUUACAAAGGUAGUUAUGGAAUGGGAGGAAUAUUUGAAAUCUCAACAGCCUGAACAGCAAGUGAGCAUCUCAGAAACAGAUAUAGCGGAUGUACAAGAGCAGAGGGUGGUCGAAGAUACAAACACACUGACCAUUAGUGUACAUGUGGGACAGCAUCUCGAGGGUUUGAACAUGGGAAUCGGCAUUACAGCAGAAAACAGAUUGCAUCAACUAAGUGCAGUGUGGCUGAUGAAAGAAAGAAGCACCGGAUCACCAAUACUAGACAACCUUGUGGCCAUACGGUUAGCACUGUGCAAGCUUAUGGAACGUGGCUGCUUCAGUAUCAAACUUCAGACACCAAGCCUUCAGGUUUACAAGCUUCUCAACGGUCAAGUUUCUUGUAACAUGCUACUAGCAGCCCACAUACAAUACAUAACAGAUCUUAGCUUAAUGUUUACGAUAUGCUCAUUUGAUUUUCAGUCCGCUAAUCAUAGCAUUAAUUGUCUCAGUCAUAAACUGAGUAAGCAGGCAAUGCAUUUACAUUUUGAUGAGGAAUUCUUCGAUCCUCAGUGUCUCAGUACACUUUUGUAA